CAAUUAUUCAAAUAAAAUUGCAAAUUUAAUAGCAAAUCAAAACACUGCUUUUUUUAAGUUUAACAAUGCAAGUAAAUAUAAAUAAUAUUUAGGGAUUAAACGAAAAUUAAGCCAUUAUUUCAGGGCACGCUUUAUCUCCUUAAAAUUAGGUUAAUACUAAUUUGGGCUUGGUGCUAGAUUUCAGAUAAUAGGAUUAAAAGCUUGAUAAAAAAAGAGUUACUAUCACCAAUGAUUUUUCAAUGAAUAAUUACUCAGAUUAGAAAAAGGAUGAUUCCAAAAUGAAUACUGAUAGGCAUAUGAAUGAUAGAUUAAGCAUUUCAAAUUAGUAGCAUUAAAGAACAGAUUCAAUAUAAAAUUAGGGAGAUUAAUAUAAUAUGAAUUAUCCUUCAAGAGUAACAGAAGUUGCCUAAAACACAGAGUUCAAUCCGACAUUAUCAGAUAAUAAUUAAAAUGAAUAAUUAGAGUAAAGAUUAGGUCAAUAGCAAUAAAAUAACAAUUAAAACUCUAAUCAAGAAAAUAUGAAUGAUGAAGAUAAAGUAAAAAGUUUGAUGAUCAUAAAAAGUGUUAUAAUUAAAUCGAUGAAUGUCUACGUUUUUCUGAUUUUUUAUAGUGCUUAAAUGAUUAUGGACUUCAACUACAAAGUAGUGGUUUCAAUCCUACUAUUGUUCGACUUAUUUAGUAUUUAUACUAAUUUUUAAAAAUAUAGACUCAACAAGAAAGUGGAUAUAGACGAAUAUCAAACAGAAGAAGAAAUUGAGUUCAGAUAUGAAUACAACAAAUAUUUAUUGUUAAAAGUUAUAGAAAUUAUUGUUUUCUUCAUCUUCAAAAUUCUAUUAAUUAUCAGAUUCGAUGUGAUCUACAUUAACUUAGUUUUAGUUACUACAAUUGUUUUUGUAUUCGUAGUUUUUAAAAUACUUUAUAUGUUCAAACUCAAAGUCAAAGAGUACAAUCCAAUUUUCAAUGAAACAAUGCUUUUACUUUUUAAGCUUUUUGUCUCUUUUUAAGCCUUGUUAGUAUCGCUCAAAGUUGAAUAAACAGUGGACUGGGAUUGGGUUCAUAUAUUUUGGCCAGCAUAUAUUUUUUUAUUGACUACUGCUGUCAUCACUUUAGGGCUAAUUUUUAUUAUUAUAACAAAAUGCUACUUUUGCCUAAAAAGAUCUUCUCAAAAAAAAAUAGAAAUUAUUGGAUUACUUUGGAUUUGCAUUUUUAUGGUCAGCUUUACCGUUACAUCAAUUAUGUUCUUGAAAUCUUUUAUUUUUACUGAAGAUUACGGGCAAGAUGAUUCAAUGCAAGUUGUUCUAUUUAUUUCGUUGGUUUUUUUGGUGGUAAUGCUUAUGUUUUCAUCUUUAGAGUGGAAUUAAAUAAUAUAAUUUGUGUAUGAAAUAUCAAUAAUAAUUAAUGCUGAGGAAGAAGAAGAUAUAGAAUAUGUCAUCAGCGAGAAUCCUGAGUAAUAGAAAAAGGCAAAGAACAAAUCUAAGAGAAUAAAAACUGUAAAUCCUACAGAAUAAGAUGAAUAAUAAAACAAUAUACCCUAAUUUUUAUAAAAAUUGUCUUCUACUUACUUCAGUGCUAUUGCAAAUAGAUAAAAUGUAUAGAAUAACUUAGCCAAAAAUAGCUCAAAAAUUAAACAGCAGAUAAAAGAUUAAAAAGAAAAAGGAACUCGACAUAAAUCUUAGUCUUUUAUGAUCCAUAAGUACGAAAUAAAUCAUAGCGUAGAUUUUAACAAGAAACCUAUUUAAGAUAUUAAUGUGUCUAUAUCUUAAAGAAAUUAAGGAAACAGCGAUUAGAAUAAAUGGAAAAAAAUAGCCUUAGACACCAAUUAAAAAUUUAAAAAGUUAAUUGAUACUCCUCAAAUUUAAAAGCUUUCUUAGUAAUUAAAUACUCAUGUCAAAAAAAAACUUUUUGAAAAUUACUCUGAGUCUCCAAAAAAUACCAGAGUCUGCAAGUCAAACAAUGUAAGUUUUGUAGGUCAUCAAGAUUCACACAGAGGAAACAAAAAAAUUGAGCAGAGCGUUAUAGAAGAUAAAGAUAUUCAAGUUAAUGCUCCUAAUAUGAAUGAUUAAUCUAAUGUAACUUGUGUUAUCUGCUUUGAUAACGCUCCUGAUUCAGUUUAUAUGCCCUGUGGACAUGGAGGCGUGUGCUAUGAAUGUUCUGUUGAUAUUAUGAAAAAUACAGGCGAAUGCUAUUUGUGUAGAGAAGCUAUAAAAGAAAUUCUGAGAUUAGACAUUAAAGAGAAAGCACAAAAUAAUAAUUUCAGAGUUGUAGCUUUGACUACACUAGUAGACGAAAGUAUUGUUGAAGACAAAAAAUAAAAUAAAAACCAGCUAAACAAUAUACAUGAAGUAGAGGAAGAUAAUCAUGAUUGAUUGAUGGAUGGAUUAAUGGAUUGAAUAAAUCUAUUAAUGAAAAAAUUAAUAUUAAUUAAUUACUUCUCUUUUUCUUAAAAAUCAUUUCAAAUAUCUAUAAUUAUCAAUUUUAAUCUUAUUAAUUUAAAAAAAAGAAUUAAUUUUCUAUUGAUAUUUAAAUAAAAAGAUUUUGUAAAUAAACAAAUUAAAUAAGAUUAAAUUAAAUCUAUAAAAUUAUAUUUAAAAUUUAUUAGUUAUUUAUUAAAUAAAUAAAUAAAUUUUUUAUUGUAAUUUCUACAGUUAAAAU